AGAAAGACCUGUGUUGUGAAUUGUAAAUGCUCGAAGCGAAAGGCAUAGUACAGCGAAUGCGCAGCAGAAAAGAAAGUGCACAAGAUAUGUGGUGGCUUUGUUAAAGGCGAAAAGCAAUACAAAUCAAGCGAUUUAUUUCAUUUAAGUUUAUUUGUUCCAAAAAAGUAAGCAGAAUAUUAUAGUAGAUUUGUGGUUUAAAGUGUUAACUACGCUUGUGUCUUUAUAAGUGAGAGGUUUCUGAAAGCAGCUCACAACUAGAACUACUCAUUGCAGCUAAAAGCGUAAUAACAAAAAAUAAGACAGCCAAGAGUUACUUUUGAAACAGUUCAACGAACGAAAAGAUCGGAAGUUUAACUUCGCCGAUGCUCUUGGGAAGAAUAAUUUACACCAAAAAAGUAGUUUCCUUCUAAUUCACCCAAAAUGAGCGCAAUUGUGGGCGCAGCCACGGCGAUAGGUGGCGCAGUGACAGCCGCUACCAGCAAUAGCUGGUUUAUACCGAUGUUGGUGGCCGCUAUUGCCUACUUUCAGUACGAAGAGAUUAUGGAUCCAGAAUCUCGGGCAGAAGAUUUGUCCACCGAUGACAUAUUAGAACGAUAUGAUUUUAUAGUGAUAGGGGCGGGGUCAGCGGGUGCAGUUGUGGCUAAUCGACUGACAGAGGUGGAAAAUUGGAAUGUCCUGUUGUUGGAGGCUGGCGGCGAUGAGACUGAAAUAUCGGAUGUGCCACUCAUGGCGGGCUAUCUACAGUUGAGCAAAAUGGAUUGGAAAUAUAAAACGGAACCGUCAGGCAAAUUCUGUUUGGCCAUGAACAAUGGACGUUGUAACUGGCCGCGCGGUAAGGUGCUCGGCGGCUCCAGUGUGCUAAACUAUAUGUUGUAUUUACGUGGCAGUAAAAUCGACUAUGAUAAUUGGGAGGCCGCCGGCAAUCCGGGUUGGGGUUAUCGCGAUGCUUUGUACUAUUUCAAAAAAUCUGAGGAUAACACAAACCCAUAUUUAUCCAGUACACCUUAUCACUCCACUGGCGGCUAUCUGACAGUCGGUGAGGCGCCUUAUCACACACCGUUAGCGGCAAGCUUCGUUGAAGCGGGAGUUGAAAUGGGCUACGAUAACCGCGAUCUGAAUGGCGAGAAACAAGCCGGGUUUAUGAUCGCGCAAGGCACAACGCGACGUGGUAGUCGCUGCAGCAGCGCGAAAGCUUUUCUGCGGCCGGCCCGUUUGCGUCCUAAUCUGCACAUAUCUAUGCACUCGCAUGUUACACGUAUAAUGAUCGACCCAGUGACGAAAUUGGCUUUCGGUGUUGAAUUUGUAAAGAAUCAACGCAUAUAUCGUAUACGCGCGACAAAAGAGGUCAUUCUCUCGGGUGGCUCGGUCAAUUCGCCACAAUUAUUGAUGUUAUCCGGCAUUGGACCACGUAAAGAGCUGGCUAAACAUCGUAUACCGGUUAUCAAAGAGCUCAACGUUGGCGAGAAUAUGCAAGAUCACAUUGGCUUAGGCGGUCUCACGUUUCUGGUUAAUCAACCGGUUUCUAUUGUGGAGAGUCGCUUCCACUCCAUGUCGACAGUGCUGCAGUACGCUGUUUUCGGACAAGGUCCACUCACCAUACUUGGCGGCGUUGAGGGUCUCGCUUUCGUGAAUACAAAAUAUGCGAAUACUUCGCUCGAUUGGCCCGAUAUUGAAUUUCAUUUUGUUUCCGGCUCUACGAAUUCCGAUGGCGGUUCUCAAUUGCGCAAAGCACAUGGACUUACAGAUGCCUUCUAUCGAGCAGUGUUCGAGAAGAUUAACAAUCGCGAUGCCUGGAGCAUAAUACCGAUGUUGUUGCGUCCUCGUAGUAUUGGCUCGAUUAAGUUGCGCAGCAAUAAUCCAUUCGAUUAUCCGUAUAUUUACCCGAACUAUUUAAGUGACGAACUCGAUACAAAGACACUGAUUGAGGGCGCCAAGAUCGCUGUAGCGCUUUCUCGCACGAAAGCUAUGCAACGCUUCGGCUCACGCAUCUCAUCUAUCAAAUGGCCUGGCUGUCAGCAUCUGCAGAUGUUCACCGAUCCCUACUGGGAGUGUAUGAUACGUCAUUACACCGUGACGAUCUAUCAUCCGGUGGGCACAUGCAAAAUGGGUCCCUAUUGGGAUCCCGAAGCGGUGGUCGAUCCGCAAUUACGUGUGUAUGGCAUACGCGGCCUGCGUGUGAUAGACGCGAGUAUUAUGCCCAAGUUGGUGAGCGCUAAUACAAAUGCACCGGUGAUAAUGAUCGCGGAGAAGGGUUCAGACAUGAUCAAGGAGUUCUGGAUAAAGAACACGAUAAUCUAGUUAUGCGGUUUGCGGCGGUUGGGUUGGGGUCUACGCUGCUAGGUGGGGUAUAUGCUUUCUUCAGUUUUAUGCAUGGAAAAACUUAGCAAUUUUGUUAUUUAUUUAUUUUUCUGUAUUUAAUCCAAAACAGCAAAGUUUAUGUGUCAUGUAAAUAGA